AUGCAGUUCCACCAGAAAGGUGUUUCAGAUGAGGCUGCUGUACGUCGCGCAGAAUUGGCUGCCAAAGCCCUAAAACAAAAAACACGCCAAACUCGACUGUCUUCGGGAAACACGGUUAGCGAACCAACCAGACGCAACUUGCGACGAGCUACACACACCACGAAUGAGACAGAGACAUUUGAAGAGGAGGAUCCAUCAGCGGUUGUGGAAUCAUCCCGUGGUACUACGAAUCGGCGAGGCGCUCCUGAAGUUCGUCGUGGACCUGCUCGGAAUGCCGCUACCACACGACGACGACGGAUCGUCAGAGCAGCUUUCAGUUCCGAUGAAGAAGAUGAACCAUCCACACCCUCAAGUGACGAAUAG